UUUACACACUGUGCAAGAAAGCACACAGCAGCAGGCCUAUUAUUUUCGAACGCUGCAUAAAACUGCUCGCGUAAAUACGCCGUGUCGGGCAGCUCUUUCAGUACAAGUAGUGGGGAUGAACGCUGUUUUCGAGUUACUACCGUGAGGAGAGUAAGUUACCGACACCUCUGCUCUAAAGUUUCCUCUCGACCAGUACAUUUCAAUGGAAUCCGUGAGGAAACAUAUGUACCGAGAAAAUUAUUAAUAAACUAUCCGUCAGCGAGAAAAAAGAAAGAAACGGACAAGAAAACACGUACAGUGAAACCUUAAAGUUGGAGGUUUUGAAAAUAUUUUCGUGUUCUUCCAGUGCCGAUUAUUUCGAUUGGUACCCCCUUUGAACUCGUCGAUCAUAACCUAACUUCCUAAUCUGUCAAUCGAAACGUAGUGCUCUCGCACGUAUCUAACGUGAUAAUGUAAAAUGUAUAAUAUAAACCAUAACCUUUCGUUACACCAGCCAGUUUGUCCAGCUUCGACUGAACUUGUGAUCGUUGAACGAUUGAAAAUUGUGUACUUUUUCGACUGUCUCUCGCGUGUAUUGUAAACACUUGUUUGACAUUUAAAAAGCAAAUUGGCCGUUUACACGUAACGUUCCCAAUGGCCGAAAAAAAAGGGAAUGAAUUAAUUACGCAGGAAAUUCCUGGAAAAUCCGAAGAAACGGGAGAUAAUAUAACCAACGAAGAAGCACCAGGCAGCCUCGAAACGGUUCCUUCGGAAGCGCUUCGAAAUGGAGUUCAAACCAUCAGCAAAGAUAAAGCGAAAAUCGAUAUACUCCUGAAAGCAACUGGCAAUGCUCCCAUAAUGAAGCAAAAGAAAUGGUCCGUCAAUCAAGAUUCCUGUAUCGGAAAAAUUUCAGAUUUCGUUAGAAGGUACCUUAAACUGGAAUCCAGCGAAAAACUGUUCCUGUACGUAAAUCAGACUUUCGCCCCGGCACCCGAUCAAGUGGUUAAGAAUUUAUACGACUGUUACGGCGCAGAUGGAAAAUUGAUACUUCACUACUGUAAAAGUCAAGCCUGGGGAUGAACGUACAAACGUAAUUUAUAUUUCCUUGAUAAGCGUAAUAAAAUAUCUCACGAGUAUUAUCCACAUAAAUACCGUAACUUGUAGUAGUAUCCAAUCCAUCGAACGAGAUGUUGUAAAUACGAA